AAACUACAAAUACAGCUUUGCUACGAAAUCUUCAGCCACUCACCGGGCCAACGGAAUUCUGACAAAUUGGAGUAAGCAAGAUCGAUGAGUUUUUUGGCCGGAAGAUUGGCCGCCAAAGAGGCGGCAUAUUUUAUUCAGGAAUCCAAACACGCCGUCGGCCGCCUUGCCCAGAAAAACCCCGCCCAGAAGUUUCCGGCGCAAUCACCGCCUUCUUCCCAUUCCCCGGUGGACGGUGAAUCGCAAGCCGACAUUCUUCCUGAGGUGUUAAGGCACUCUCUGCCCUCUAAAAUCUUCAGGGAGGAAUCUGCAGACUCCAAUGGGUCCUUCUCUACUUCGAAAUGGGUUCUUCCUUCUAACCCUAAUUACCGCUCUGUCUCUAUAGAUUCUCUCAACCCUCUUAGGGCUUUCCUCUCCCUUCCUCAGGUUACAUUCGGCCCCAAAAGGUGGGAAUUGCCUCAAUCUGAAAACUCAGUAUUGGCCUCAACUGCUAACGAUUUGCGGACCGACAAGCAUACUCCUGUUAAUCCUGAGAAGUUGAAGGCUGCUGCUGAAGGCCUUGCUCAUGUUGGAAAGGCAUUUGCUGUAGCUACCGCGCUCGUCUUUGGUGGUGCCACCUUGAUCUUUGGAUACACCAUCUCUAAGCUAGAUCUCAACAAUGCAAGUGAGAUUCAAACAAAAGGAAAAAGCAUGAUUGAACCAAAGAUGGAAAUGAUUAGAGAGCAACUGAUUCCCUUCAAAGUCUGGGCUGAUGAUAUGUCAAAAAAAUGGCAUGUAGAAAGAGAUGAAGAUAUCAAAGAGAAGCCUCUCAUAAAGGAGCUCUCAAAGAUUUUGGGUGCUAAGACUCCCAACUAAACUGCACUAUUUUUUUUUUUAACCUUUUGUUGUUUAUCUUGUGUAUAUCUAUUUGUAAAUAAUAGAGUAUCAUAUUUCCAUCUUCACAGAUGGAGUGUAGGAUGUUACUGCUUGCUAGCUAAGUUAUACAAAGAUCGAAUGUUGAUAUUAUGCCUGAGGCUGAAAAUAUAUAACUUCUCAACUUCCUGUUUC